CUUGGAGAGUGGAGAAUGCGGUUUGCAGAGUGGGGCGGGAACCCUGCCCGGCGAGGGUCUGCUCUUAGGAGGGCGGGCUGCUGAGGGUCUGCGCGGGGAGCGAAAUCUCGGCGUCAGCGGGCACCGCCACGCAGACGGUUGACCGGUUGCGGAGCUGUGCUGGGAACUCCGCAUCACCUCGUCUUCCCGCAGAGGAUCUGCUGGCUGUCUACUGCCUGCCGCGCGUGCAGGGCUGGGGAGCAUGGACAGGAAAAUGCCACCCAAGCGUAUAGCUAAGAGAAGGUCACCCCCAGAAGAUGCCCUCCCCAAAAGCAAGAAGGUGAAGGACCCUCGGAACCAGGCAGUGAGGGCCGUUGCCUCCCGCCGUGUUCCAGGCGCCCGCUCCUGCCAAGGUGCCUGCGGGCCAAGCCCUCCCGACCAGAAAGCCCGACCAGUCUCACAUAGGUCUCACAACACAGAACCGGGUUUGGUGCUGACGCUGGGCCAGGGUGACGUAGGCCAGCUGGGGCUGGGCGAGAAUGUGAUGGAGAGGAAGAAGCCAGCACUGGUGCCCAUUCCAGAGGACAUCGUGCAGGCAGAGGCUGGGGGCAUGCACACUGUGUGUCUAAGCAAAAGUGGCCAGGUCUACUCCUUCGGCUGCAAUGAUGAGGGUGCCCUGGGAAGGGACACGUCAGUGGAGGGCUCAGAGAUGGUCCCCGGGAAAGUGGAACUGCAAGAGAAGGUGGUACAGGUGUCAGCAGGAGACAGUCACACAGCGGCCCUCACCGAGGAUGGACGAGUCUUCCUCUGGGGCUCCUUCCGGGACAAUAACGGUGUGAUCGGGCUCUUGGAGCCCAUGAAAAAGAGCAUGGUGCCUGUGCAGGUGCAGCUGAGUAUGCCCGUGGUGAAGGUGGCCUCUGGAAACGACCACUUGGUGAUGCUGACGGUUGAUGGUGACCUCUAUACUUUGGGCUGCGGGGAGCAGGGCCAACUGGGCCGUGUGCCUGAAUUAUUUGCCAACCGUGGUGGCCGGCAGGGCCUUGAACGACUCCUGGUCCCCAAGUGUGUGAUGCUGAAAUCCAGGGGAAGCCGGGGCCACGUCAGAUUCCAGGAUGCCUUCUGUGGUGCCUACUUCACCUUUGCCAUCUCCUCUGAAGGUCAUGUAUAUGGCUUUGGCCUCUCCAACUACCAUCAGCUAGGAACGCCAGGCACAGAAUCUUGCUUUGUACCUCAGAACCUGACAUCCUUUAAGAACUCCACCAAGUCCUGGGUGGGCUUUUCUGGUGGCCAGCACCAUACAGUCUGCAUGGAUUCAGAAGGAAGAGCAUACAGCUUGGGCCGGGCUGAGUACGGGCGGCUGGGCCUUGGGGAAGGUGCCGAGGAGAAAAGCGUACCCACCCUGAUCUCCAGGCUGCCUGCCGUCUCCUCAGUGGCUUGUGGGGCCUCUGUGGGGUAUGCUGUGACCAAGGACGGUUGUGUUUUUGCCUGGGGCAUGGGCACCAACUACCAGCUGGGCACGGGACAGGAAGAGGAUGCAUGGAGCCCCGUGGAGAUGACAGGCAAACAGCUGGAGAACCGAGUGGUCUUAUCUGUGUCCAGUGGGGGCCAGCACACAGUCUUACUAGUCAAGGACAAGGAACAGAGCUGAUGAAGCCUCUGAGGGCCUGGUUCCUGGCCCCCCCACCUCCAUCCUGGAACAGGGAAGCCAUGACAACUACAUAUUCCAGCAGGCCUCUCCCAGCCCCAAGUACUCUGUCAUCUCCUGCCUUGUUCCCAUCAGCAGAACAGAAUCCUUCUCCUCUUUUUUUUGCCUCCUUUCGGAAUCAUCCUGGGACCUACAGAGUGAGGGUUGGAUAGAUGGAAGAGGGGAGGGGUUUUAUCAGAAGGAACAUUGCUCACCCCGUAGCUAUGUGGUUAGACCUCCCCCCCCCAUCCCUACUUCCCAUGGUCCUGGCUGACCCUGGUUUGUCGAAAACCAAAACUCUCUCCCCCGUGUGUUUGGUGUCCAAACUCUGAGAAGUCAGGGCCCUGCUCUAGUCAUGUGCCCUACUCUAGUCAUCAAGCCCUGCUCUAGUCAUGUGCCACUCUUCCUGUCCUUCACAACCCACAGGCAGACAAAUGGUACAGUUGUCAGACCCAGCUGUCAUGGACCUAUGCCUGGGGGAAACUGGAGAAGGGGCAAGGCUACCCAGCCAUGGGCAACCCCAAGCCAAAUAGUUGGCCUUGAACAGGUGCCCAUGGGGCAAAAAAACAGUGAUCCUCCAGCUUGAUCAAGAAAAAAGCCAAUCAGCCUUCCGCCCAGAAGCACAAAACAUUCUGCCCUUCAGGCCUUGUCUGCAGAGUCUCACCCAUCCAACCUGCCUCACCUGCAACCAAGGGCCUGAAAUCCGGAAUGGAAGCUGCGCCUGCAGGCAGGAUCUGGGGGGAGAGGAGAAGGAGGGCUUUAUAAGCAAAAUUAUAGCAAUAUUGUAAGUGAAGGGAGGGAGGGGAAGAGGGUUGGAGGGGCAGAGGCUGGCCCCAAAAAGGGAAGCAGCAGCUUGUACAGUGGCUGAAAAAAUAGAAAAGAGUUUUGAUUUUUUUUUUUUUAAUGUAAAGUAUUUUGGAGUGGAGAGUGAAAUAUUUUAAAACUUUGAAUAAAUGUAGAGUUUUCUAAAACAGGCCACUUGUUUUCUACACACUCCCUGCUUUUUUAAGGGAGCACCGGCUGUGUUGGGAAGGGCAGAAUAACCCCAUACCUGUAGACCUGGUGAAGACUGGGACUUCAGUGAUGUCAGGAGGUCCUGGUGUGUGCCAGUCAGUUGGGGAGUUUUUGUUGUUGGUUUUUUGUUUUUGUUUUCUCGUAUGGAACAGUGGCUGUUCUAGACAAAUCAAAAAAAGAGAAAAGAGUUGAUUGAUUUUUGUUAGGUAUUUAUGUUUCAGGAAUCACUGGAUUUUUAAAAAAUUAUACUGUAUAAUAUAUGAGACAUGGGAUGGAUCUUUUAAUAUCCUAAUCCAAAACCAAGAUUUUUGAGUACAUCUCUAGAAAUACUUAUACUAGGUUUAAUGAUGUGCUGUAUCACUUCAAAAGCUAGUGUAACUGAUUAAACAUGAUUAACUGCACAGUAACAACUUAUGCAUAAUGAUUUUCACAGGCAUUUGAGCAACUAAAUCAUAUAGAGCUGACCUGUCCAGUAUGGUGGUCAGUAACUACAUGUGGCUAUUUACACUUAAUUUUUAAAUUUGUAAAAAUUUAAAAUGAACGUCCUCAGUUGCACUAGCCACAUUUCAAGCCCUCAGUAUUCAAAAGUGGCUAGUGCCUAUGAUUUUGGGCUAUGCAAAUACAGAAAUUUAUAUAACAUUCCUAUAAUUCUGAAAGUUACAGUGGACAGUGCUGAUAUAGGAGAUCUGUAUAUGUACAGCAGGAAAGUUUUAUUAGCACCAGGAGGAUUCUUGGAUGUCAGUGACUCUUGGAAAAAUUAAUAUGAUGUAAAAUAACUUAAAAUAUAUUCUGUGAUUGUUUUUUUUCUUCAACUUUUAGUUUUGAUGCAGGUACUAUCCGGAUUAGAAGUUGACUUCUUAGAAGGGAAAAAUCACACUUUUCAUUUUAAUAUUUUCCUUGUAAAGAAGCACUUGUGUAUCUGCUCUUCACCCCCCCCCCC